GGGUAAGCAUCAAACGACCCCCUAAACCAAUUGGAUCCACUAAAAACAUCCUUAACCUAUCACAACUUCAAAACAUCCUUAAACCUUCCAACGACUAGUUUUAAUCACUAAGAAAGCACCAUGAGAGCAAGUCUUAAAGCUUCACUAACUGCUAUUCGAUCAUCAUCUUCUUUUUCUACAACACAAAUAACAACAACCCAUUUCAAAGAAAAAACCGCUAACAAAGACCAAAUCAUUACACAUUUAUGUAAACAAAACAAAUUCAACGAAGCCCUUCAAAUUCUUUGCGAACAAAAUCGUUUAAAUGAAGCCAUUAAAUUGCUCGAAGAACGACCCGAAACUCGUCCUUCAGCUACAGUUUUUUCGACACUUUUGCGUAUAUGUAUCGAAAAUCGAGCAUUUGGAGAAGGAAAAAAAGUUCAUAGAAUUAUGAAAUGUUCAGGUUUUAGACCUGGGGUUGUUAUAUCUAAUCGAAUUCUUGAUUUUUAUUGUAAAUGUGAUAAACCCUUUGAUGCAUAUAACCUGUUUGUUGAAAUGACUGAGAGGGAUUUGUGUUCUUGGAAUAUUAUGGUUUCUGGAUUUGCGAAAUUGGGGUUGAUUGAUGAUGCGAGGAAGUUGUUCGAUGAAAUGCCUGAGAGAGAUAAUUUUUCGUGGACCGCGAUGAUUUCGGGUUAUGUGAAGUGUAAUAAGCCUGAAUUUGCAUUGGAAUUGUGUAGAGUGAUGCAGAGGGAUGGGAAGAAUAAGUGUAAUAAGUUUACUAUUUCGAGUGCUCUUUCUGCUUCGGCUUCUAUUCAGUCGUUACGUUUGGGGAAGGAGAUUCAUGGUCGUAUAGUGAGGACCGGGUUGGAUUCUGAUGCGGUUGUUUGGAGUGCUUUGAGUGAUAUGUAUGGUAAAUGUGGGAGCGUUGACGAAGCGAGGCAUAUUUUCGAUAGGACUAAAGAUAAGGAUGUUGUUUCGUGGACGGCUAUGAUCGAUAGAUACUUUGGAGAUGGGAGGUGGGAGGAAGGUUAUUCGUUGUUUUCGUUUUUGAUGGAAUCAGGAAUUAGGCCUAAUGAUUUUACCUUUGCUGGACUUUUGAAUGCAUGUGCGCACCAAACGAUGGAGCAUUUGGGAAAACAAGUACAUGGGUACAUGAUGCGUAUAGGGUUUGAUCCUUUUUCCUUUGCAGCAAGUACCUUAGUUCAUAUGUACGCCAAAUGUGGGAGUGUAGAUAGUGCAUAUAAUGUAUUUAAGCGGCUCCCAAGGCCCGAUGUAGUUUCGUGGACCUCACUGAUUAAUGGUUAUGCUCAAAAUGGCCAACCUAGUGAAGCUCUUCGGUUAUUUGACUUGUUGCUUAAAUCUGGUACUCAGCCUGACCAUAUUACUUUUGUUGGGGUUCUUUCUGCUUGCACUCAUGCGGGUUUAGUCGAUGAAGGUCUUAAAUAUUUUUACUCGAUAAAGGACAAGCAUCGUCUAACCCAUACUGCAGACCACUAUGCUUGUGUGGUUGAUCUCCUGAGCCGAUUUGGCAGAUUUAAGGAGGCGGAAGAGAUUAUUAGUCAGAUGCCAAUGAAGCCUGAUAAGUUUUUGUGGGCUUCGUUGCUUGGAGGAUGCAGAGUCCAUGGAAAUGUUGAACUAGCAAAGAAAGCAGCUGAAGCACUAUUUGAAAUUGAGCCCGAAAAUGCAGCUACUUAUGUUACCAUCGGAAAUAUAUAUGCCACUGCUGGUAAAUGGACUGAAGUGGCAAAGAUCAGACAAAUUAUGGAAGAGAAAGGUGUAGUGAAGAAGCCAGGUAUAAGUUGGAUCAAUUUGCAGAGAAAAGACCAUGUUUUCUUGGUAGGUGAUAAAUCACAUCCUAGGUCAAAGGAAAUAUAUGACUUUUUAGGGGAGCUUUGGAGGAGAAUGAAAGAAGAGGGGUACGUCCCUGACAUCGAUAAUGUGCUGCAUGAUGUGGAAGAGGAACAGAAAGAGCAAAAUCUCUCCUAUCACAGUGAAAAGCUUGCAGUUGCCUUCGGAAUUAUUGCAACUCCACCUGGAACACCGAUAAAGGUUUUUAAGAAUCUACGGACAUGUGUUGAUUGUCACACUGCGAUCAAAUAUAUCUCUAAAAUAGAAGAGAGAAGAAUUAUUGUGCGGGAUUCCAGUCGGUUUCACUGUUUUGAAGGUGGGAGUUGUUCGUGCAAGGACUAUUGGUGAUUUUCCCCCUCCUUUACUUUUUAAUAACCGUGGUGUCCGAGCCAGCUUGCGCGCACCUCUACUAAUUCCACGGGGUACCUGCUACCUCCCAUCAGCACAGAUGUAACUCUAUCAACCAAGGCUUGGACACAUGGGAAGAAAUCACCUAGUGUUUUUUGCCUCCGCUUGGAAUUGGACCUGAGACCUCAUGGUUCUCAACGCACUUCAUUGACCACUAGACCACAUCCUUGGGUGCAAAUUAGUGGGAAUUGAUCCCUGUUCCUCUAGAUAAAUAACUCAACAUUUAACCAAGUGCACCAUUCAAUCCUUUUUAUUGGUGAUUUUCCCCUUUGUUUUUGGGAGGAAGCUACAGAUGUCAAAUCAAUGCUGUUUAACUUCUGUUAUAGAGGAGAUAACUAAGUGAAUUUAGCAGCUUGCUUGCAGAUGAUGAGGUUUUCAAUAAGACUCUGUAAACAGAAACUUUUGAUAGUAAGAUGUUGUAUACAUUAUUUUUGGAAUUAAUACAUGUUACUUCAAUUUUAUUUUAAAUCUGAAAAGAAUUCAUGUUAUAUCAACUUUGUUCUUUGGUAGUCCUAAUAUGAACUUUAGCGCUUUUAGGGUGCUGUUCGAUAUGUAAUACCAUGAAGCAAAACUAAGUUUUGUUUGGUUUUAAUUUUUAUUCUUUAGUUUGCUGCA